UUGGACUCUGAAGAUUUUAGGGCUCCUCCGGGCACCACAGAGGGAAAACCGAAGCGCACGGUAUUCCGUGGCGGAGCUGUGAUGGCGGCUCCUUCCUACCGCCCAGACUGCAGCUGCUUGGUCAAGAUUUGCAUUCUCCUGGGAACCUUGCGGGAAAUUCGGGCCGAACAAAUCCGCUACUCAGUGUCGGAGGAGCUGGACAAAGGCUCUGUGGUAGGCAGCAUCGCCAAGGACCUGGGACUGGAGCCCCGGGAGCUGGCGGAGCGAGGAGUCCGCAUCAUCUCCAGAGGUAGGACCCAACUUUUUGCUUUGAACCCGCGGAGCGGCACCUUGGUCACAGCUGGCAGGAUAGAUCGGGAGGAGCUCUGUGACAGAUCUUCCAAAUGUAUGGCAAACCUGGAGAUUCUCCUAGAGGAUAAAGUAAAGAUUUUUGGAGUAGAAGUGGAAAUAAUCGAUGUUAAUGAUAACGCGCCCACUUUUGGAACAGAGCAGAGAGAAAUAAAAGUCGCUGAAAGUGAAAAUCCUGGGACAAGAUUUCCUCUUCCUGAAGCUUUUGAUCCAGAUGUAGGUAUAAAUUCCCUGCAGGGUUAUAAGCUCAGCCCAAAUGGCCACUUCUCCCUGGACGUGCAAAGCGGAGCCGAUGGGAUUAAGUAUCCCGAGCUGGUGCUAGAGCGUGCCCUAGAUCGGGAGGAAGAGGCAGUUCACCACCUGGUUCUCACUGCCUUCGACGGUGGUGACCCAGUUCGGUCUGGCACUGCCAAGAUUCACAUAACACUCGUGGAUAUCAACGAUAAUGCUCCAAUAUUCACUCAGCCAGAGUACCACGUAAGUGUUCGUGAGAACGUGCCUGUGGGCAGCCAGCUACUCACUAUAAAAGCCACUGAUCCAGAUGAAGGAGCCAAUGGAGAAGUGACAUAUUCUUUUCGGAAAGUCAGAGAUAAAAUAUCCCAGCUAUUCCAGUUGAACUCUUUGAGUGGGGAAAUAACAAUAUUGGAGGAUCUGGAUUAUGAGGACUCUGGAUUCUAUGACAUAGAUGUAGAAGCCCAUGAUGGUCCUGGUCUCAGAGCCAGAAGUAAGGUACUGGUGACAGUUCUGGAUGUAAAUGACAACACUCCAGAAAUCACAGUUACAUCUCUCACCAGGACAAUUCAAGAAACUUCUCCCCCAGGCACAGUAAUUGCACUUUUCAAUGUGCAAGACAAUGACUCGGGAGAGAAUGGUCUCAUCACAUGUUCUAUUCCAGAUAAUCUGCCAUUCACACUUGAAAAGACCUACGGAAAUUAUUAUCGAUUGUUAACACAUAGAACUCUAGACAGGGAAGAAGUCUCAGAAUAUAACAUCACAAUAACGGCUACUGACCAAGGAACUCCACCAUUGUCUACAGAGACUCACAUCUCGACACUCGUGGGAGACAUCAAUGACAACCCACCAAUUUUCCCUCAAGCCUUCUAUUCUGCCUACAUUCCAGAAAACAACCCCAGAGGAGCCUCUAUUUUAUCCAUUACAGCCCAGGACCCUGACAGUGGUGAGAAUGCCAGAAUCUCCUACUCCUUGGCUGAGGACACUUUCCAGGGUGUGCCCCUGUCCUCCUACAUCUCCAUCAACUCCAACACUGGUGUCCUAUAUGCCCUGCGUUCCUUUGAUUAUGAGCAGUUUAGAGACAUACAGCUACAAGUGACAGCCAGUGACAGCGGAAACCCCCCGCUCAGCAGCAAUGUGUCACUGAGCCUGUUUGUGCUGGACCAGAAUGACAAUGCACCUGAGAUCUUGUACCCUGCCGUUCCUACAGAUGGUUCUACAGGUGUGGAGCUGGCACCCCGCUCUGCAGAGCCUGGCUACCUGGUGACCAAGGUGGUAGCAGUGGACAGAGACUCGGGCCAGAAUGCCUGGCUGUCUUACCGCCUACUCAAGGCUAGUGAGCCAGGACUCUUCUCUGUGGGGCUGCACACGGGCGAGGUGCGCACUGCAUGAGCCCUACUGGACAGAGAUGCACUGAAACAGAGCCUUGUGGUGGCUGUCCAGGACCAUGGCCAGCCCCCUCUCUCAACCACAGUCACUCUUACUGUUGCUGUGGCUGACAACAUUCCUGAGGUGCUGGCUGACCUGGGCAGCAUCAAGACCACAGCUGAUCCCGAUGAUUCAGGCCUCACGCUGUACCUGGUGGUGGCAGUGGCUUCGGUAUCCUGCGUCUUUCUUGCUUUCGUCAUUAUGCUUCUGGCACUCAGGCUUCGGCGGUGGCAUAAAUCACGCCUGCUCCAAGCUUCCAGAGAUGAAUUGGGGGGUGUGCCUGCCUCCCACUUUGUGGGUAUAGAAGGGGUGCAGGCUUUCCUGCAGACCUAUUCCCAUGAGGUCUCCCUCACUGCGGACUCAAGAAAUAGUCACCUAAUCUUCCCUCAACCCAACUAUGCAGACACGCUCAUCAGCCAGGAGAGCUGUGAGAAAAGUGAGCCUCUUCUGAUAACUCAGGAUUUACUUGAAACAAAAGGAGACUCUAAUCUUCAGGUAAGUAUAAUCUUCUUAUUACACUGA